AUGGAGCAAGCACCCAGCGCGCCGAGCCCUCCUCCAAAACCGGCCCAACACGAGCCCAUCAGCUUCGGCAUCGACCAGAUUCUGGGAGCCGGUACGGAGCCGGAGAACGUGCGCACGGCUGGCAGACAAAGUGGAUCCGAUUUAAGCAACGGGGACGGUUAUUACAGUUUAGGAAGCCCGGCUGGGGCCAACGCGUCCUCGUACACCGCGCUUUCUAUCUCCCUCUCCGGUAUAAUGCCUCCGGUGGAGGCUUCAGGUUCGUACGGAGAGAGCAGGAGUCUGGGCAGCCGAGGAGUGAUUCGAGUUCCUGCUCACAGACCCGUGGCAGCCCCGGGACCCCCGGCCCCCGUCCAGAGCGCCGUUCCUGGGUUUGGGGGAUUGUGCUUCCCCUGGAUAGGAAACAGGUUCGCCAAGGACAGAAUAUCAGCGGCUCUGGUGCCGUUCGCCGUUACGCGGCGGAUAGGACACCCGUACCAGAACCGGACGCCUCCCAAACGGAAAAAGCCUCGAACAUCCUUCUCCAGAGUUCAGAUCUGCGAGCUGGAGAAACGCUUCCACCGGCAGAAGUAUCUGGCCAGCGCCGAGCGGGCAGCUCUGGCAAAGAGUCUGAAAAUGACGGACGCGCAGGUUAAAACCUGGUUUCAGAACCGCAGGACCAAGUGGAGGAGACAGACAGCCGAGGAGAGGGAGGCGGAGCGUCAGCAGGCCAAUCGCCUCAUCCUGCAGCUACAGCAGUCCGCCCUCCAGAAGUCCCUCAGCGAAUCAGCGGUGUCGGAUCCACUGUGCGCCCAUAACUCCUCCCUGUACGCGCUGCAGAACCUCCAACCCUGGGCCGAGGACAGGGAAUAG